UCCCCUACCCCUACCCCCAAGACUGCAAUCCUUCAGUCCAUUCUUGCUCUGCAGAUGUCUCAGAUCAACAUAGAAUCUCCUAAACACUGCUCCAAGAGAGAAUUUUGCAUCCACAAGAAGCUUUUCUUUGCUGUCGUUGCCUUUCUGUUCUCUAUCCUAUUAGCACUCAUCUUCAUUGUUUGGAUAAGUCUGCACCCCUCUAGGCCAGAGUUCUCUCUCUCAGAAGCUAAAAUAAAUCAACUCAACCUCUUCACUGCUCACCUUCUUUACUCCUCCAUUCAACUCACCCUGCUCUCCAAGAACCCAAACAAGAAAAUAGGCAUCUACUACGACGAAAUGCAAGUUUUCGCAUCCUACAAGGGGCAGCAGAUCACCGUUUACACCUCUCUUCCUCCAUUUUAUCAAGGGCACGAAGACACCAACGUUCUUUCUGCAUCUUUGACAGGGAAUGGGUUGGCUGUGGCUCCUUCUGUUGUUUAUUUCGUGCAGCGAGAUCAAAGUUCUGGAAAGCUGGUCUUGGCUCUGAAGGCAAUUGGGAAGCUGAGAUGGAAGGUGGGGACUUGGGUUUCUGGGAAAUAUAGGUAUAAUGUAAACUGCAUUGUUGUGGUGCCUUUUGGAGGUUCUUCACCAUUAAGUUCUACAAGGUUUAAGCAAACUCAGUGCUCUACUACACUUUAAAAAUUGAUAUCUUUUGCUCUUCUAAUGAACUGUAUUGUUCUCUACUCUUUUACUGUUUCUGUAUCAAAUCUGGUCACUUAACUGAGUUAAUAACAUGAGUAUAUUUAUCUAAACACACCAAAUGAA